CCCAAUUAUUUGCUCUAAAUGCUAAUUAACGUAAAUGACCUAUCGCGCAGCUGGCGAUGUGACAGCUCACGAUGUGCCGCUGGUCCAGCUGCAGGGUCGCGGCCUGAGGCUGGACCAGCUUCGGGCCUGGCCCAGCCGUGCUGGCGGCCGACCCUCGACCUGUCGCCACGGCGGCUUUAGUGGCCGCGGCAGCCCAGUGUGGCUCCUGCACCGGCUCCUACAUCAUGACCGGGACGUCAGCAGCUGUGCCGGUGCCGGCUCUCUUGACUCCAGGAACCAGGGCCGCGCCGGGCGCUGGGGCGCCGGCACGGCUCAAGGCGCCAGCGGCAGCGGUGGCCGCGGUAGCGGGAGUUUCGGAGGGGGCGGGGGCCGGGGCAGCCCCGGGCAGGACGCCCGCAUGCAGGCCGUCCUGGCUUCCUACACCCCCGAGGAGCUCAGGGCUGCCCUGGACCUGCCCCCUCCGGCGCCGCCGCCAGUAGAGCUGCACCGUGCGCCCGUGCAGUCGGGCCGCAGCGGCGGCGCCGCGCGCGUUGACUUGGGCCCGAUGCGGCCCAUCCACCUGGCUGCGGCGAUAUCGCGAGUGCCAAAGCUAAGAACGGGACCCCAACAGCAACAGCAGCAGCAGCAGCAACAGGGUAUGGAGAAGGCGGAGGUGAUGGCGGAGCUGCUGCCGCUGGCCGCGGGGCAGGCCCGGGCGCUGACGGCACGGCAGCUGGCCAACGUGCUAUGGGCGGCGGCGCGGGUGCUGGGCCGGCAACAGCAACAACAGCAGCAACAGGGGCAUCAGAAGCAGCUGCACCGUCGCGGUGACGCAGCUGCUGAUGGCACCUGUGUCGAAGGCGCUAACGGUCUGGGCGAACCCAGUGUGCGGGCGGCUGUGGAAGCUCUUCUGUCUGAGGCGGUGGGACAGCAAGUGGAGCUAUUGCCGGGCGUCGGCAGCAAUAGUAACAGCAACAACAACAGCAGCGGCAGCAGCAGCAGCAGCAGCAGCAGCAGCAGCGAGAUCAGCAGCAGUAACAGCAGCACAGGUCCCAUAAAAGCCGGUGGCAGUGGUUACGCUUCGCUCGGGACUACGUGCAAGCUGCAGGGUGCCGGCGGUCGGGAGCUGGCCAACUUUGCAUGGGCGGCGGCGCAGCUGGGGGUGGCGGCGCCGGCAGUGUGGGGCUGUGUGCGCCGGCUCGUGAGGGACAGGCUGCUGGCAGAGGAGGUGGAGGAUGAGGCACAGGGGCGGGCGGGGCAAGCGCAGGAGCAGCGACUGCAUCGGAGCGGCUGGCAACAGGGCGGGCGUCAGCAGCAGCACGGGUGGCAUCAGCAGCGGCAGCAGCAGCAGCAGCAGCAGCAGGGCGACCAUCUGAAUGCAGCCGACCUGGCCAACUUCGCCUGGGCCCUGGCGCGGGUGCAGGAGGCAGCCGGUGCCGGUGGUGUCGGUGAUGUCGGAGACGGUGACGUGGGAGGCGGCGGGCACGCGGGGCUGCCGCCUCAGGGUGAGGCGGCGGCUGCGAACCGCAACUUGCACUCGCGCUCGGGCUCAGACUCCGGGCCAGGCUCAGACUCAGGCUUGGGCUUGGGCUCGGGCUCGGGCCCUGCACUGGAGGAGCUGCUGGUGCGGGCGGCGCUGCGGCGGCCGCUUCAGGACUUCGACGCGGUGUCGCUGGCAGGCCUGGUGUGGGGCCUGGGCGGCCUGGCGGGCGCCGCCGUCGCCGCAGACGACGGCACCGGCCCCAGCAGCCACUCUUGGGCCUUGAAUCCGCACCUGCUGCCGCGGCUGUGGCAGCGGGUGGCGCAGCGGCUGCAGCAGGCGCCAGCGCCAGACGGGGAGCCGCAGCGGCAGCUGUCGCAGUCGCAGGCAGAUGCGCCCGGUAAUGGAGGUAGCGGCGGCGGCCAUGAGCGGUGGCGCAGCGGCAGCGCCGGCGGUGGCGCCUCUGGGACUCUGCGGCUGACGCACCGAGAGGUCUCGAGCUUGGUGCUGGGCCUGGCAGCUGCCCGGCAGGCCUGCACGCCCCCGGCGCCCUUGAUACAGGCACUGUGUGCGCACGUGCGCACCCACGCUGCGGCCACCCCACCUGAUGACUUGGCGCGGGUACUGCUGGCGCUCGUGCGCUGCGCCAAUGCGGUGGCAGAGGCACGGGCAGAGCCGGGGGCUGCGGGCGGCGAUCACGAGGUCGGUGCUUUUGAGGAUGAUGCCGGUGGCGUGCUGGCGGCGGCGCGGCCCGUGGAGCGGACGCUGGAGGCGGUGGCGAGCCAGGUGGCACGUGGAAUGCCCUCCAUGUCGCCAGAGGGGCUGUCGGCGCUGGCGGUCGCCUACGCCACCCCCACAGCCGCCACACCGCCGCCGGCACCACCGGCACCGUCGGCUGCCGCCCUGGUGACGACAUCACCGGUAGCUGCAUCUGUGUCCACCACCGACCGUGUAGCUUAUGGGACGAAAGCUGGCGCCACGACAGCGUCUGUAGCAUCCGCGGCCAAUGGUGGCGAGGAGGCUGAGGGACCCACAUCGCUGCUGAUGCUUAAUGGGCCGCUGGUGCUGCCGCCCGCUCCUCCGCCGGGACCAGCAGUGCCGCCAGCAGGAGGUGCAGCAUCCGCCGCAUCCGCCGGCUCUCAUGCUGCCUCUCAAACGGCAGUAGUGUCGGCCCUCCGGGCAGCGGUGCUGCGGGCGGCUUUGCGGACGGCACUGCGGCGCUUGGUGGCGCUUCCAAACGCUUCCGGGGCAGCUACCGCUGGUGCUACUGCUGCAGCCCCAGCGGCUACUGCCACCGCAGCUGGCAGUGCUACUGCCCAUGCCACUGUGGCGCGUGCCGGGCUGCAGGAGCUGGUGGGGGUGCUGCUGUGGGGUGGCCGUGCGCUGGGGGACGCGGCUGCGGUUGCAACAGCGGCAGGCUCGGGUGGUGGAGAGACAGUGCUACAGGCGGAAGCCGCAGGUGCAGCUGAGGACCUGGCGGCGGCGGCGCCUCGGCUGCUGCCGGUGCUGCCGCUGUGCCAGCCGGCGGAGCUGGCGCUGCUGGCAGUCGCAUACGCGCGUGUGGGCUGCCGCCUGCCGCCCGACCUGGCCGCAGCCCACUCGGCCGCCGCGCGCGCAGCCGCACACCGCAUGUCGCUACUGGACGUGUCCCAGCUAGCCUGGGCCGCCGCCGUCAACGCCGGCCUGCCGCCGCAGCCGGCGCAGCCGCACCAGCCGCUGCGAAGGAGCGCGGCCUCGGCGGCAGCGGCAGUGCAGGAGCAGCAGCAGCUGGGCCUGCUGCUGUCGGCACUGGAGCAGAGGGCGGAGGAGCUGCUGGGCGAGGGCGAGCGGGCGAUGGCGGACCCAGCGGCGGGCUCGCAGCUUGCGGUCCUCCUGUGGGCCUUUGCUAAGCUCGAGCGCUACUGCGAGCCGCUGCUGGACGCCGCCGCCUUGGUGCUGUCCCUGCCUGCUGGGGCCGGCCCGGCUGACGCAGCCUCCGGGUCUGUGUCGACAGCUGGGCGGACCGCUGAAAGCCAACCUGUGGCCGUGCGCAAGGCUGGCCGAGGCAGGACGCGUGGUGGUGCCGGCCGUAGCCGUGGGGAUGGCAACGGCAGAAGCAGUGUCAACGGCGACGGCAAUAGCGGCAGUGGCAGUAGCAGUGGCAGCGGCAGUAGCAGCCUGUUGGGCGCCAUGCGGCCUACGGAGGUGGUGCUGUGCGCGGCGGCGGUGGGGCGCCUGCGGUACUACCGGCCGCAGCUCAUGGCGGCACUGGCGGCUCGGCUGGAGGCGGUGGUGGAGGGACUGAGCGCGCGGGACCUGUGCACAGCGCUGAGCGCCUUCGCCAUGCUCAACAGCUUCCACCCGGGCCUGCUGCGGGCCGCGGCGCAGCGCACCCGCUGCCUGCUGCAGGCGAGCAACAGCAGUGUCAGCAGCGGCGGCAACAGCAGCAGCAGCUACGGCGGUUCGGAUGCUGUAGACGGCGGUGAUGGUGUGCAGCCGUCGGCAACGGCACCAGAGCAGCACCGGCACCAGCUGGGCGCGUACGACGGCGUGGCGCUGCUGUGGGCGUUCGGGGUGCUGCAGCAUGUGGAUGAGGACCUGGUGCGCCGGCUGGGCAGGGUGCUGCCUGCGGACCCCGGCCAGCUGUCCAUGUCGGAGCUGUCGCAGCUGGGGCUGGCCGACGUCAUGAACCGAGCCGCACUGGCGCGACGCCGCCGCCAGCAGCAGCAGCAGCAGCAGCAGCAGCAGCAGCAGCAACAACUGGAAGUCGUGGAAGGGCACAGUCCGCAGACAACAAGUGGCACCGGGACCGCGCCUGGUAGUGCUGCAAGCGCUGCCGCCACGGACGCGUCACGGCUGCGGCUGCUGCCGCCGCGGCUGGCGCAGGCGGCUGCGGCGGCCCUGCGCGGGCAGCGGACGCACGUUUCGGGCCUGCAGGCUGCUGUGUGCGCCUGCCUCAGUGACAUGGGGCUGCAGCCGCGGGUGGAGGUGGCCAGUGGUGUGUUCCGACUGGACAUCUGCCUGCAGCUGCCGCUGCCCUGGCCGCCCCCAGACCGCGACCAGCACCGACCACAGGAGCCGGAGCAGGCGGUGGCGGCGGUUGCAGGGCCGGACAGUGGACCACACCAAUUCGGCGGCGGUGGCCGCCGGGAAGGCACUGGCAGAGGCCGCGGCCGUGGCCGGGGCCGUGGCCGGGAAACGGGAUGGGCGCUUCUUGGUGCAGGCGGCGGCAGAGCCAGCGGCAGCAGCGCCCAACCUCGCCCGCCCGGCGCCCCUGCUUCAGGCUUGCUGCGUGUGGCUGUGGAGGUGGACGGCCCCUCGCACUUCGCCGCCAACGUGCCCAACCGGCCGCUGGGCCCCACCGUGGCCCGUGACCGCUGCCUGACGCAGCUGGAGGGACUGGCGCUGGUGGUGGUGCCCUGGUUCGAGUGGGGCGCGCUGCGGGACCCCGAGUCUCGAGAGGCCUACCUCCGGCGCAGGCUGGCAUCCGCCGCCGCUGCUGCGGCUGCUGCUGCUGAGGCCCCGGCUGUAACACGCGGCGGCGUGCCUUUGCCAGGGUCGCAGUCGACGGCGCCGUCAUUGGCGGCGGGCCGGGGGUCGGGCCCGCGGCGUGAGGGCGCGGCGGCGGCGUUGUUCCCGGACAUGGUAGUGACACACCAUGUGGUGCGAGGCGGGGGCGGAGGAGGAGGUGGGGGAGCAGGCGGGAGAGGAAGGCGAGGAGCGGGAGGGCAAGGCCGCGGCGCGGUGGCAUCAUCGGCGGAUACGACAGCGGGUUCUCUGGGCGCGGCACCUGUCAGCGAGCCCCAGGCGCAAUGACACGCAUCGCAUGGAGCUCGUUUGGUAUGCUGAUGCAACCAGCAGUCAUGUGAUUGACGGGGCAGGACCAGCCACGCACGGGGACAUGGAUGGGGCUGGAUGACGUGCCUGCCAUGG